UGGGAGAGGUGUGGGCAAAUACACUUUCAAUACUUUCUCUUCUGUAUUUCAUUUGGUGUGUUCUUUGUAAACAGGAAAGAAUCGGAGGCUGAAGCAGGCAAAAGAAGAAGCCCAGGCAGAGAUUGAGCAGUACCGUCUGCAGAGGGAGAAGGAGUUCAAAGCCAAGGAAGCAGCGGCGCUUGGAUCUCAUGGCAGCUGCACCACUGAAGUUGAGAAAGAGACCCAGGAAAAGAUGAGCGUAAUCCAGCAGAACUUUCAGAAGAACCGUGAGGUGGUCCUCUCCCAGCUGUUGUCACUAGUGUGUGACAUCAAACCUGAGAUCCAUGUGAAUUACCGCAUCAAUGGGUAGUAGUGGAAGAAGGAAGUAAGCAUACUGGAAACGCUGGUAGUAAUGUCUGAGCUUCAGGUGGAAUGUACAGCUCUUAGCCAUAUUUUAACUCUUCUUGUAAAUGUGUUAAAUUAUUUCAGUGAGUUGUAGGUCAUCAAUAUCUUGUUGGAGUUCUGUUAGUUUCUCUCUUGACACAGGUUCAGAGCUUAUUCAAACAUUAAAUGACCAUGUCUCAAAUCUAUGCUAAGUUAUUAAAUAUAUAUUCAAGUUGGCACGUUCAUGCUCCCUUCUUCUCUGGAUAGUAUUCAGGGAGAGACUUUUCCCUGUGAAGUAGAAAGGGGAGAGAGAUGCUGGCC